AAUAGGAAUCUGCCAGUUUUUAUCCAAAGGAAAGGAAAAUAUGGAAGAAGAGAAGGUUUUAAAGGAGUUCCCUGACAAGCAGAUCAUUAUCGACAUUCCACAGAAAUUGGAAGAUGGUUACCGGGCAGGUGAGCCGGAGUGGAUCAUCUACAAGGUUCCGAAUAAGCUCCGGAAGAUACGCCCAACAGCUUACACUCCCCAACUAGUUUCCAUCGGGCCAUUUCACUAUGGCAAAUCAAACUUGAAGGCCAUGGAACAUUACAAAACCAAGUACAUGGAAGCAUUCCUGGGACGGAAAUUCUGUACGCAUAUUGAGGUGGACAAUUUGACCAAAUUCCUGGAAGAUGAGAAUCGCUUACAACGCAUCCAGGGUAGCUAUGCUGUGACCCUUAAGCCUGUGAAUAGGUCGAAUAAAUUCAGAAGGAGAACGUCGUCGUUGGAAAUGCCGGCUCCGGCAGCGGCGGAUGAAGAGAAUAAGAGGAACGACUUCACCCGCAUGAUUCUACGAGAUGCCUGCUUCAUCUUUGAGCUCUUCUUGAGAAACCACGAAACUCAGCUUCAUAAAGCACAUAAGGAGAAGCUGCCCGCUGAAAUCAAAGAUUAUUCACGGGACUACAUAUUGGGAAGUCCAUGGCUUAAGGCAGCUAUAAAACAGGACUUGAUAUUGAUCGAAAAUCAGCUCCCCUAUUUUGUUCUUACUGAACUAUUUGACCACAUCGUCAAAGAACCGUCACAAAAUGUUAAUUUGCUCCCUUAUUUACAGGAAACAAAGAUUGAAAAUUCUCUCCACCGUUUCGUAACAAAAAUUACAUGUGAAUUCUUCACUGAUUAUUACAAGUUUGGAAAACCCCUCCCCGACCUCGAGGAGAGUUCACAAAAGACACUACCUUCCACAUCGGACUCCAAUGAGACUGGGCAAAAGAAUCCUGGCAACAUGGAUUUGGUCACCAAAUUAAUGACAAGGGCGGAGAACAUCAAGCAUUUCACUGAUUUGAUUAGAGCAUCAAUGUGCGAGCAACGUGACUAUAGCAAUAGUUCUAACAAUUUUACCUACUGUCACUAUUCUGCAAAGCAACUGGAUAAUGCGAGGGUGGUGUUUGGGAGUCCUGAAAAGGCAAAAUUUUUAGCGGAUAUAGAGACGGCCUGGGAUCAUGAUCGGUGUUGGAAGAAUGACCCACGUUGCAAUUGCAGGAACAGCUGCUGUGGCUGUUGGAUAAAUGGGUUAUGUUGGAUUAAUUGUUUGAAAUUGGAAAUCCCUCCAUUGACGAUAGAAGACAAGACCGAAUGCAUUUUCAGAAACGUCAUGGCGUUGGAGCAGUUUGUUUAUCCUAACGAGCCUCGUAUCUGCAAUUACAUUUUUCUGCUGGAUCAACUCAUCAGCACCGUUGAAGAUGUGGAUUUGCUGGUUGACAAGAAAAUCAUUCACAACUUGCUUGGCAGCAACAAGGCAGUGGUUGAUUUGGUUAACAAACUCUGCUACGAAAUUGUGAUAGACCAUUUCUUUUAUUCUGAUAUCUGUAAAAAACUUAACGAUCAUCGUGGCAAACCGUUGAAUGUUGCCAGGUCAACUCUCAGGAGGGUUUACUUUAAGGAUAUUUGGACUGGCAGUUCCACUCUUGUUGGCCUCGUUUUCCUUGUAUUCUCCGGCUUCUCAGUGGCUUCUACCAUCAAGAAUCUCUUAUUUUAGUUAGUUUGUUUGAAAUAGAAAUUUACUAUAUAUGUCCAUCUUUGAAUGAAAAUAUGAAUUAGCUAGCUAAAUAAAAGAUGAUUCAGUGUGGUUCCUAAUUAGGUCGUCUGUUGUUUUAA